AUGAAGAUCUCGUACGCCACCGUCAUCUCUGGCCUUGUUGGCCUGUCCGCAGCAGAUUUAAUGAGCCGAUGCUGCUCCCUUCCGACUCAAAGUGGCCGCAAAGACGCCGUCGCAUGGAUUGCAGAGCUCGACAGCUUGCUCUCUACCAAUCGUGGACAUGUAGAGGGCUUACGCGGCAGGCUCCAGAUCCUGGAGGAGUUCACGGCGUUGAACCAGGACCCUCACUGGCGAGCGGGUGAGGACGAGGAUGAGAAGCGGCAGCGGGAGGCCAGCAACCAUGUCAGCAGCGAUGGCGGCAACGACAUUAGCAACGACAUCAGCAAUGAUAUCAGCGACUAUGUCAGCCACGAUACUGGCAACUAUUGGAAGGCACGAAUGUCGCUUGUGGACAAGAGCGAUGCCCCGGCAACUCGGAACCUCGUGGGCGACUCUUGGACGAAGGCAGGCACCAAAACAGAGACGCUGGCCACAAUUGCAUAUGACGCGGGUAUAAUCGCAUCGCAGAUCGAUGCGAACGAGGACGGGGCGCGUGAGUACCUCACUUGCGCUAUGUCUCAAGACAUGUGUGAGAAUUAG